UACUCCUUGCCUGUUUGGGACGUAAGGCUAAUGUUUAACAUCUGAAAGAAAUCAAAGCGUUAUCUAUCAUCUGUUGUGUUAAUGAAGCAAUAACAUACUGGCCCCUUUAAACAGUGUCAGCACUCUUAAACAGAAUAGGGAUAUUUAACUUUGAAAAGAUUAGUAAUUAAGAUUUUAUUUAAAUCUGGACCUAGAGCACCCAAUGGAAAUUAUAUGAAUGAAAUUAUAUGAAUGACUAUUUAGGUGACAUCUUCCUGCAAGAUCUUCAAGAAUUACAGAAGACAAAAACACUAAUGAGUUUGAAAAAGUGGUGAAGUUUGGGGGGAGGGAAAAAAACUGCUUUCCUGAUCUGCAACUUGACUGGAUGUUAAGAUGUCUGUGGACAUGAAUAGCCAGGGGUCUGACAGCAAUGAAGAGGACUAUGACCCAAAUUGUGAGGAGGAGGAAGAGGACGAGGACCCUGGUGACAUAGAGGACUAUUACGUGGGAGUGGCCAGCGAUGUGGAGCAGCAGGGGGCCGACUCCUUCGAUCCUGAGGAAUACCAGUUCACCUGCUUGACCUACAAAGAGUCCGAGGGUGCCCUCAAUGAGCACAUGACCAGCUUAGCUUCUGUCCUAAAGGUAUCUCAUUCAGUUGCUAAACUUAUAUUAGUUAAUUUCCACUGGCAAGUUGCAGAGAUACUGGACAGAUACAAGUCUAAUUCUGCUCAGCUGCUCGUUGAGGCUCGAGUUCAGCCCAGUCCAUCAAAACAUGUGCCCCCGGCCCACUCCCCUCACCACUGCGCAGUGUGUAUGCAGUUCGUGCGGAAGGAAAACCUCCUCUCUCUGGCCUGUCAGCACCAGUUCUGCCGCAGCUGCUGGGAGCAGCAUUGCUCCGUGCUCAUCAAGGACGGUGUGGGUGUGGGUNCUCUUUUCAGAAUACACCCCCGAGCCCUUUGAAAAUCUGAGUUCUGAAUUUGAUAUCCUGUUAGGAAGGAUUGACAUCACCUAAGAUAUUUAAAACAAACGUCUCAUUUGGGUUUAUUGAGAGAAGUCCCCCAGGACUUCAGAAUAAUCCUGGGUAAGUCAAGGUCUCGGACGCCGCGAGAGGUGAGAAAAGGAAAAACACAGGAUCUGACCUAAUGGUUAUCUUUUCUGGUUUUAAGUUUCAAGUGUCGUCAGAUGUAUCACGCCCCCACAGACUGCGCCACAAUCCGGAAAUGGCUCACGAAGUGUGCAGACGACUCUGAAACAGCCAACUACAUUAGUGCCCACACUAAAGACUGUCCCAAGUGCAACAUCUGCAUUGAGAAGAACGGCGGCUGCAAUCACAUGCAAUGCUCCAAAUGUAAACACGACUUCUGCUGGAUGUGUCUAGGAGACUGGAAGACCCACGGCAGCGAGUACUACGAGUGCAGCCGGUACAAGGAGAACCCCGACAUCGUCAACCAGAGCCAGCAAGCCCAGGCCAGGGAGGCCCUCAAGAAGUACUUGUUCUACUUUGAGAGGUGGGAAAACCACAACAAGAGCUUGCAGCUGGAGGCACAGACAUACCAGCGGAUUCACGAGAAGAUCCAGGAGAGGGUCAUGAACAACCUGGGGACCUGGAUCGACUGGCAGUACCUCCAGAACGCUGCCAAGCUCUUGGCCAAGUGUCGAUACACCCUGCAGUACACGUAUCCAUACGCCUACUACAUGGAGUCCGGGCCCAGGAAGAAGCUGUUUGAAUACCAGCAGGCUCAGCUGGAGGCUGAGAUUGAAAACCUGUCGUGGAAGGUGGAGCGGGCGGACAGCUAUGACAGAGGGGACUUGGAGAACCAGAUGCACAUAGCGGAGCAGCGGAGGAGAACGCUGCUGAAGGACUUCCAUGACACCUAGGCUGGGACUCGGGCGUGCCGGCUGAGGGCGAUGUGGCUGCGAGGUCUCCCGGCUGCCGUGCUGCACGCUGCAGGCUCCCUGCCUCUCAUCACCCCAGGCAACAGCCAGGACCCCACUCCUGAGAGACACUGGCCACACACCUCUUAGUUGAUUUCUGGUUGUUGUUUUUUUUUCCCCCUCCUCUUUUUGCUUUUUGUUUCCACCAGGGUAGAGGCCCCAUUGAAUUGGCCUCUUCUCAGGACCGUCAGUUCCCCCUGGAUAGUUGCUGGGAGGGAAGGAAAGUUUUUUCUGAAUGACUAUUAAUAGUAUUAGAUCAUUACAACUUACGUAAUUUUCAAAGGCUGUACAAUUAUACAAAAAAAAACAAAACAAAACCGGGGGGCAAACAAACCAUAGAAUGACACAGAACCCUUUUUAAAAAUAAACUGGCAUUGGAGUGUUUUACCCUCUAGCUAUUUUACUUAGAACGUAACAUACGCUGUCCGCCCCCCUUGCCUCAGGAUGUCUGCUGCACAAGGGCUCCGGGUGGUACUUGCUUUCCAGAUUCACACGCCUUUGGCCACAGCUGGAGCCCCAAGUAAAGAGCAUGGGUGGCAGAUGGUGGGAAAUGGGGUUGGCCUGUGUAACACCGUGGUGUGCAGAGAAUCACGCCGUGCCUCCUGCCUGGUCCUUGUAGACCCUUCUGUGAUCAAGGGUACUGCCUCACCUUGGCAGUUAGGAGACAAUACAGAACAGAAUCUUGCCCCCGGGUAUCAUCAUGUCCAAUGGCACUGCGUGUCUGUGGACUCAUUUAUCUUGAAAGUGAGCUUUACCAGGGCCUGGCCACUCAGGCUAGAGCCCACAGCAGAGCGCAUGGAUGAGCUGUGGCCCUCCAGCACAGGGGACGUGAGUUCAGCACAGUUUUCUUUUGUUUCCUGAAGAGAGAGAUCCACUUUUAAAGGGAUUCCCCCAAAGACUUGUUUUACCUCGGCCCCUUCUUUUGUGCCAGUGUUCCCGUGGAGGGACUCCAACCAGGUUCACACACACCCAUACAUGACGCUGGCCUGCUGCACUCUCCUCUGGUGAAUGUCAAGGUCAGAGUUCAGCAGAGCUAUCCCUAGGGCUCUGGUCUGCCUGGCUCAGGGGCUGUGUCUGCACAAAUUGUUUUCAUGUUAACCUGGAGUGUUUGUCUCCAUGACUUGCUCUGGGUGUGGGGUGCGCUCCCCCUCGCCUGGCUUCCAGUGUUGGAGGGCACCACCUCUGGGGUCUGGAGUCUGAGGCUAGUGGGGCGUUCCUAAUUGGUGGUCCCUGCUCCUGUUCCAGGAGGCUGGCCAAGGAAAAAGGCCAGUCUUUUCACAGUGCAAAGGAACAAGCAGUUUGCAUGGUAUCCUACUUGUCCUGAACCUGGUCCUGUGGGCCUUUCCGAAGUGACAUCUGUGAUUCCCGGGGUUCCUGCGGCUCUUGUUCAGGGCGUCCUUGACCUCCUGGAAGAGUUGCUUGGAAGUCUGUGAAUAAAUAUUGUGUUGGAAAUUCUUUGAUAUUCCAACAUUUUCACCUCAGUCAGUAAUUCCCCCAGGUACCAUGUUAGUUGCAAACUGAAUCUCUCUUGGAAGACAGAGGACAGUUGUAACUCUUGGGGUCAUGGGGUACAUGGUUGGCUGCAGGCCCUGUUUCUCCCCAGUCAGGUUUUGCCUCUUCCUGUCAUCUCCUGCAAGGAAGGGACCAUGGGGUGGAAUGAGAGGACAAGUUAGUAUAACAGACGAACCCAGAAUUGGCAAGCGCUGAGCCAACCGAAGGACGAGAGUGUCCACCUAGAGGUGGGGUAUGACUGCUUUUUUGGCACAUGGAAGAUCCCAGUGUCUGGAAUGUUCACCUCUCCGUUGAGUCCCUUGGGUGUCACCGCCAUGGCAGCAGCAGGACCGGAAUUGCAGCUCUGUUCCUUAAAUCCCACCCUGUGCUUGUUUGGACUGUGUAACUACCACACAGUGUACUUGCAGUCAGCUGUGACCCCCAGCCACCAGAGCAGCAAGAGGUUCUGUGCCCAGACCGCAGCCUGCAGCCCUUGACCUGUGGAAAACUUCCUUCCAUGCCCCAAGUGGCUGUCUCUUGCUAACUUCAUCAGGAACAUGGAAAAGUUCAUGCAGAAUGUUUCUGCCCUGCAAAGGAAGGCACAGUGUUUUCACAAAUUUACCAUAUAUCUUUGUUUUCUUCAAAGAAAAAGUUGAGGCAAUGUCAUCUGCUCAAAGUUGAGUGGUUUAUUAAAAAUAAACUGAAAGUUUCUGAUUAUAAAA